AGGCAGCGGAGGCGGGGGCGGCGCGAAGAAGCCUCGGCGCAACCGCACCACGUUCAGCGCGGCGCAGCUGGCCGCCUUGGAGCGCGUGUUCGAGCGCACGCACUACCCGGACGCCUUCGUGCGCGAGGAGCUGGCGCGCCGCGUCGCCCUCAGCGAAGCGCGCGUGCAGGUGUGGUUCCAGAACCGGCGCGCCAAGUUCCGGCGCAACGAGCGCAGCCUGCUGGCACAGCGGGCCUGUACACGCGCAGGCGGCGGCGGCCGCGCGUGGCGGCGGCGGCGGCGCCCGACGCCGCGGGGCUGGCGAGCCCCGGCGGCGCCGUCGGGGCCAGUGCAAGGCGAGUACCACCCGGGCGCCAUGGCCAUGGGCUACCCGCCGCCGCACGCGCCGUCGCACGCCCACGCGCACGCGCACGCCCACGCGCACGCCGAGGCCGCGUGGAAAGGAGUGUGCGCCGUGGCGUCGCCGCCGCAGCAGCUGCAGCUGCAGCAGCUGCCCCAGCUGCCGCCGGCGCUGCUGCCGCCACACGAAGGGACAUAUCGUGGCCUGGGGGCGCACUACGGCGGCGCGCAGCACCCUCCGCCCUACGGCCACCACGUGACCUCGUCGAUCGCCAGCCUGCGCUUCCGCGCGCACGAGUACAGCGCGGGCUGCGGCCAGCUCUA